GGCUGCAGGCUCUGCACGGACGGCUGUGGCCCUAGCAGGCUCCUGGAGGGGCGGCGGCCCCUGGCCUCGGCGCGGGGACUUUCGGACCCGGCUAGCAUCGACACCUCUUCUUGCUGGCCCAGCAAGCCCGGGGCAGGGACCAUGCCGCCCCCCGCAGACAUCGUGAAGGUGGCCAUCGAGUGCCCGGGGGCCUUCCCCAAACUGAUGGAGAUUGACCAAAAGAAGCCACUGUCUGCAGUAAUAAAGGAAGUUUGUGACGGGUGGACGCUGGCCAACCACGAGUCCUUUGCGUUGCAGCACGCGGACAGUUCCAACUUCUAUAUCACAGAGAAGAAUCGCAAUGAAAUAAAGAAUGGAGCCAUUCUGCGGUUGGCGACAUCCCCAGCUCAAAAUGCCCAGCAGCUUCACGAGAGGAUCCAGUCUUCAAGCAUGGACGCCAAGUUGGAGGCCCUGAAAGAUUUAGCCAGCUACUCCCGAGACAUCACAUUUGCCCAGGAGUUCAUCAAUCUGGAUGGCAUCUCUCUCCUCACCCAGAUGGUGGAAAGCGGGACAGAGAGGUAUCAGAAGCUCCAGAAGAUCAUGAAGCCCUGCUUUGGAGACAUGCUGUCCUUCACGCUGACUGCAUUUGUGGAGCUGAUGGACCAUGGCAUCGUGUCCUGGGAUACCUUCUCCGUGGCGUUCAUCAAGAAGAUUGCAAGCUUCGUGAACAAGUCUGCCAUCGACAUCUCCAUCCUGCAGCGCUCCUUAGCCAUCCUGGAAUCCAUGGUACUGAACAGCCAUGACCUAUACCAGAAAGUGGCGCAAGAGAUCACGAUUGGCCAGCUCAUCCCCCAUCUUCAGGGGACGGAUCAAGAAAUCCAAACGUACACCAUUGCUGUAAUCAAUGCCCUUUUCCUCAAGGCCCCUGAUGAGAAGCGGCAGGAGAUGGCAAACAUCUUGGCCCAGAAGCAACUGCGCUCCAUCAUCCUGAUGCAUGUCAUCCGAGCCCAGAGAGCCAUCAAUAACGAAAUGGCCCAUCAGCUAUACGUCCUGCAAGUCCUUACCUUUAACCUGCUGGAGGACCGAAUGAUGACCAAAAUGGACCCACAGGAUCAGGCCCAGAGGGACAUCAUCUUUGAGCUGAGACACAUCGCUUUCGACCUCGAGGGCGAGCACAACAACAGCGGUGGGAGCAUUGAAAAGCGCAAGUCCAUGUACACACGGGACUACAAAAAGCUUGGCUUCAUCAACCAUGUGAACCCAGCCAUGGACUUCACCCAGACUCCCCCGGGAAUGUUGGCCCUGGACAAUAUGCUGUACUUUGCCAAACACCACCAAGAUGCGUAUAUCCGGAUCGUCCUAGAGAACAGCUGCAGAGAAGACAAGCAUGAGUGUCCCUUUGGCCGCAGCAGCAUCGAGCUGACCAAGAUGCUGUGUGAGAUCCUGAAAGUGGGAGAACUUCCCAGUGAAACCUGCAACGACUUUCAUCCCAUGUUCUUCACCCAUGACCGGUCCUUUGAGGAAUUCUUUUGCAUCUGCAUCCAGCUGCUGAACAAGACAUGGAAGGAGAUGAGGGCAACUUCAGAAGACUUCAACAAGGUAAUGCAAGUCGUAAAGGAGCAGAUCAUGAGGGCUCUCACUACCAAGCCUAGCUCCCUAGACCAGUUCAAGAGCAAACUGCAGAACCUGAGCUACACGGAAAUCCUGAAGAUCCGCCAAUCGGAGAGGAUGAACCAGGAGGAUUUCCAGUCUCGGCCGAUCUUGGAACUGAAGGAGAAGAUCCAGCCUGAAAUCUUAGAGCUGAUCAAACAACAGCGUCUGAAUCGCCUCGUGGAGGGCACCUGCUUCAGGAAACUAAACAGCCGGCGGAGACAAGACAAAUUCUGGUAUUGUCGGCUGUCGCCCAAUCACAAAGUGCUUCACUACGGAGACUUGGAGGAGAGUCCCCAGGGAGAGGUGCCCCAUGACUCCUUGCAGGACAAAUUACCCGUGGCAGACAUCAAAGCUGUUGUGACGGGGAAGGACUGCCCACACAUGAAGGAGAAAGGAGCCUUGAAACAGAACAAGGAGGUCCUGGAGCUCGCCUUCUCCAUCCUGUAUGACUCCAACUGCCAGCUCAACUUCAUCGCUCCUGAUAAGCACGAGUACUGCAUCUGGACGGACGGGCUCAAUGCCCUGCUGGGCAAGGACAUGCUGAGUGACCUCACCCGCAAUGACCUGGACACUCUGCUCAGCAUGGAGAUCAAGCUUCGCCUCCUCGACCUGGAGAACAUUCAGAUCCCCGACGCGCCUCCCCCCAUUCCCAAGGAGCCCAGCAACUACGACUUUGUCUAUGACUGUAACUGAGGGCGCCCCUGGCCCCGACCCUGCCCACCCUGGUGCCCCUGCUGAACUCAAAAUACAACUGCGAUAACUGGAAACAUGAGUGAGAACACACUUGGGGUCCCUUUGGGGUGAUGUCCAGGGCCCCCACCUCCUCCGCCUCUCACCUCCACCCAACAUCUCCCCCUGCACUUCCUCCCUCCCUCCCCCCACCCUCUGUGCCAAUCAGCGAUUGAUCGAUGGGUCGAUCAUUUUCAGAGACUACAAUGCUAUACUUACCUUCUCACUGCUGCAGCCCAAUAUGGGAUAGAGCAAAGUCCCACCAUCACCACUGAGAACUGUGAAGGGACCCAGCCUUGGAUUCGGGAGUCACAAGAGCCCACCUUCCAGCCAAAUGGCCCAGAGUAGACUGUCCAGGGAGCAGGCCUGGAGACAGCAGGAGAGGGCAAAGAGCAACCACUGCUCCCAAGAGGAACCACCGGGGCCAGGACACAGGGAACUGAGGACCGCUUGUGACUCCAGUCUUCCCUUCGUGCCCCGUCUUCCACCAUCCCUGCCCCAUCAUCUCACCUUCCUCCUCUCCUCCCUUCCCUCUACAAAAACCAGAAGGAGGACUGCCAUCCAUCCCCAGGGCUUCACCACAGUUUGAUCUCCCAAAGGACGAAAGUGCUGGAUUCACGCCUGUAGGCUUCUCGCUGUCCCUGUUCCAGGCCCUCAGUCCUCACUGUCUUCUUUCUAACGGGUUCUAGGCUCCCUUUCCCCCUUUCCCCCUUUCUAGUUUAUUAACUCAAAGCACAAAUUAUGAAACCCCUAGGUGUGGUCUCUCCCUUCCUCCUCUUCGUCCUCCUCUUCCUUUUCAUCUCUUUUACCUUCCCUCUUUCUCCCCCAGUCUUCCC